UAGGUCCAGCCGCCGCGGGAUCCCGGGCCUGGCGUCUGUGGUUACCGCACGCACGCACGCACGCAAGCACGCACACUGCGCCCAGAAUGAGGGUCGCGGCCCUGAUCAGUGGUGGGAAGGACAGCUGCUACAACAUGAUGCAGUGCGUUGCUGAGGGGCAUCAAAUUGUUGCAUUAGCAAAUCUAAGACCAGAUGAAAACCAAGUGGAGUCAGAUGAACUGGAUAGCUAUAUGUAUCAGACAGUGGGUCACCAUGCCAUUGACUUGUAUGCUGAAGCAAUGGCACUGCCCCUGUACCGCAGAGCCAUCAGGGGAAGGAGCUUGGAGACAGGAAGAGUUUAUACCCAAUGUGAAGGUGACGAGGUUGAAGAUCUCUAUGAACUGUUGAAACUUGUUAAGGAAAAAGAAGAAAUAGAAGGGGUAUCAGUAGGUGCUAUACUUUCUGACUAUCAACGUGUACGAGUAGAAAAUGUAUGUAAACGACUCAAUCUCCAGCCUUUAGCUUACCUUUGGCAGAGAAACCAGGAAGAUUUGCUCCAAGAGAUGAUAGCUUCUAAUAUCAAGGCCAUUAUCAUCAAAGUAGCAGCUUUGGGCUUAGAACCUGAUAAGCAUCUUGGGAAAACCCUGGUUGAAAUGGAGCCUUAUCUUUUAGAGCUUUCUAAGAAGUAUGGUGUCCACGUGUGUGGAGAAGGUGGAGAGUAUGAGACAUUCACGUUGGACUGCCCUCUGUUCAAAAAGAAGAUCGUUGUGGACUCUUCAGAAGCAGUCAUCCACUCAGCAGAUGCAUUCGCACCCGUGGCUUAUCUGCGACUCUCUGGGCUGCACUUAGAAGAGAAGGUGUCGUCAGUACCUGAGGAUGAUGAAACAGCUAACUAUAUAUACAAUUCUUAACAUUUAUGCUGCAUUUUUAAAUUAUUAUGACCUAUAUUUCUUGCUACAUUUUUUUUAUUUCUUCAAAAAAAUAUAUUGGGGCCUUUGAAUAACUGGAAGAAUUUCAGUGAACUCUUCUCUAAUAUUGCCAAUUUCUUCAACUUACUUUCUUUUAAAAAAUAAUUCAUUUUUUUAAAUUCCUAUUAGAUUAUUAUUGUACCACCCCCACUUUCCUCAGAACCCUAUA